CGCAACUGCACCAUGCCUCGCUGCCACCCUCGCGUCAUCGCCGCCAGCUUCGUCGGAUCCUUGCCGUCGCCGCUGGAAUCACGAACAGGGGAAGGAGAAGACGCGGGCCAGUGCCGCGAGGAGGAGCGCGAUCCGCUACGCAACACUGCGCCGCCGUGUGUUGUUGCCGUCGCCGAGCUCCCAUGGUUGCCGUCGGCAAGAUUCAAAGAGAGAGAAGCUCGAGGAGAGAGAAAGAUCGACGGAGGGGGUUUUUGUUCGAGCGGCCGUGCCUCCACCGCCUUUCACCGCCGCAGAUCCGCCACCGUCCACCGCGCCGCACCACGCCACGUCGCCGCCCGAAACCGCCACUGAAGUCCCUUUUCCCUUGGGUCGAGUUGUGGUUCUCGCAUGCUGAGUUUAGUAGUGGUGCAUGCGACAUCGAGCUGCCGCGUCGCCAACGGAGUCACCGACGUUCAGUUUUCUCGGCUAUUCGUAAGUUUGGUUCGAGUUUCGGUCCUUACGUGCCGUAAUUAGAGUUGCUGUAGUUGUGGCUGCUUUUUAUUUCAGGCUGAGAUAAAAGAGUUCAGUUGACGCGUUUGGUUUUCGGGUUUCGGCUUGUCGAGGUAGGGAUUUUUUUUAAAUCUAUUUUACAUUACAGAGUUGUGAUAAAUAGAUAUUGACGCAAAAAGAUAUACUUCUGUGAUUAUAUUUGUCUUGUGGAUGUGAUGGUUUGUUGGAUUGGAUUAUUGAGUGCUUGAUUGCGUGAAUGAUGUAUGGUUGUUGGUAAAAAUCGGUUUGAAAUGUUAUUUACUUGAUUAUUAUGAAAGGUGAAUUUUCUUGGUUUUAGAGUUUACUUGGUAAUAUAAAUGAAUCGAUUUUUGGAAAUAAUUUGAGAUAUGAAAAUGAGUUGAUUUUGGGAGCGGUUUGAUUUUGAGUUAGUCUGAUUUUAUAAAUAAUUUAAUAUUUGAGUUGAUUUGAUUUUAAAAAGAGUUUUAUUGUUGGAAUUGGUUUGAUUUGAAAAUAAAUUGAUAUUGGAACUGGUUCAACUCUGGAAAAUUGUUUGAGAUUUGAAAAUGGUUGAGAAAAAGUUUGAGAAAUGUUUGGAUGGGACCCGAAAAGGGUGGCAGAGUCCGAAUUUUAGAGGAGAUGUUGCCAAAAUUUUAUAAAAUUAGGAGUUUCGUUUGAAGUA